AUGAACUCCCUACUUCUCAAUCUUCUUCUUCUUUCACUCUUUUCGCAUUUCUCAUGUUUUCUGGUCCUUGUACCAGUAGAAGCAGAAGUUUUUUUGAGCAUAGAUUGUGGUUCUUCUUCAUUGAAACCUUACACUGAUGAUAAUUCAAUCGUAUGGGUCGGGGAUGAUCCUUACAUACGAAGCGGAGAAACUCAUAAAGUUAUGAUCGAUGCACCUGAUGUAGAGGCCUGGGACUCUCGUGUUAUGAGCAGUCUUAGAGCAUUCCCAACUCGUAAAAAGAACUGCUAUUCCAUAGAUAUUGAUAAAAAAGCCCAAGAUUCUACAACGGUUGAACGAGUCCUUGUUCGAGCUAGUUUCUAUUACGGUAACUAUGACAACAAGUUGAAUCCGCCGACUUUCAAUCUUCAAUUCAAUGGGAAUAGCUGGUCACAAAUUAUUACAGAUCAGGACGAUAUUAUAUAUACAGAAAUGAUAUAUUCAUUGAACAAUGGAAACAAUAUAAACAUAUGUCUUGCUCAGACGGAACCAGACAACAUUCCGUUUAUAUCAGCUCUAGAAGUCAGAAGUGUGGAUCGAUCAUCUUACCAUUAUGUGGAUUCAACUUAUCCACUGUUUUUCUUUGAAAGAAUUGCUUUUGGUGCCAACACAACUAUAAGGUACCCUGAAGAUACUUAUGAUCGAAUUUGGGGGCCAGUUGACACUAAUAGUAGGGUUAGGAGCAACUCGUUAUAUCGAAAUGUCAACAUUGACGACGCCAAAACUCUUGAGGGUCUAAGCUCAGAACUUACACAAUUGAUUGAGGUUAAAAAAAGUAACACGUCCUCCCCGCCUGUCUACAUGUCACCCAAAAAUUUCGAUAAUCCUCCUAAGGUUCUACGAGAGACGCAUUUGAGUUCAUUUGGAAAUAUGGCGCAUACUGGAGUUUCAGAUCCUAAAGUUCCUGUCCAUUACAAUGCGUUUUUUGCAGAAGUGCAUAGACUAAAUGCUACACAGAAACGAUCAUUUUAUAUAUUAGUGAACAAUAAACUCCAUACUAGUAUUCGUCCUAAGGGCGCUGUGAUUCCACCUCACAGAGGAGACAUAGAUGAGGUCCACAUUUUCAAUGUGACUUCUUCUGCCACCAAUUCUUCAUACUCGAUUGAUUUUGUACCGACGAAUGAUUCAACUCUUCCUCCAUUAAUCAAUGCCCUUGAAGGAUAUACCAUUGGUGAUAAAUUAGUUCAAGGAACCAAUUCAGAUGAUGUGAAUUCGUUGAGUUUAUUGCAAAAGAGUUUUGUGCAACUUCGAGAUUGGAAUGGCGAUCCUUGUUUACCUUCACCUUACACUUGGGAUUGGGUUGCAUGUAAUGCUGAUGCAGAUUCUCCUCGCAUUACAGCACUGUAA